UAGUAGGCAGCCUGGUUUACCGAUUAGUGCAUGAAUGUCCGCCUGUUUCGCCUUCCCGAGUGCCAACCCACAGAGAAGAAGACGACUUAGCGCAUGGAUAUGCAUGUCGUCCGGUCGAGCAAUGUGAAAUCUUCGCGAUCCCCUCUCUAAAUCUAAUGUUUGUUAGGCGUUGUCAUACGCCUGUGAAGCGGGGGAAAGCCGAUUGCCGUCGAGAUAGAGUGCAGGCGGGAAGGAAGUAGGAUCUAGGAGUCGUUCCCAGCACAAAAAGCUAUUGGCCUGCCAGGUAUUGGCCAUUCAGCGAACCACAAUGUGAUCAUUGCGGACGGCCGGCGGCGCUCGGAGUCAGUGAAGGAUGCAUAUGCAGGAGGUACCGCGUCGUCACUUCGCUGGGCUGGCUCCGGUCUUCUUGGCUGUGCUGCUGCUGUUCAGCUGUUGUAGGGAGAGCACUGCAUGCAACUCGAUAUAUACCAGGCCUGUUAGCAAUGUCACCAUACGAACUACUGGUGCAAGUGCCAUCGGAAUAACGUACACCAUCCCAGUCGAGGAGUGGAAGAAACUAACGCCGCAGCACAUUCGCAUCGAACUCUCAUAUGAAAAUGCACUGUACUACGACAGGUCGAAGAUACUGGAUUUAAUUCCGAUUAACACCAGCAGUGUUGUGGUCACGGGAAUAGUUCCAGGAGAACGGUUCAAUGUCAGGGUGCGGCAAUUUCAGUACAUAAAUCGGAAUGGACGUUUGGACCUUCAAGUCGGGUGCAUACCAAAACCGCUCAAGGUGGGCUACAUGAUUGCAGUGGUGGGAACGUGGACGGACUGGUCUGUGCUUCGGCCGUGUGCAAGCACACUGGCAUGCAACGAAUCGCACCGUGAUGGUCUGAAGGUGCGCGGCUGCCAGCCACCACCGUUCAUGCCUGCUCUCGAGGACAGCUGUCCUGGAAAUGCCACAGAAGAGAUCCCGUGUCCUCCUGCUAAUCGAUUGAACUGUACCAGUGUAGACACAGCAGGCCGGAAUAUCUCAACUCCUGCGGAAACAUACAGUGGUGAUGGGUACGGCCUGUUGACAGUACUAGCAUCCGCUCUUGUUCCCGGAGCUGUCGUUUUCGUAUUGCUGAUCUCGGUCUUCUGCUUCUAUCAGAAGUGGAACAACCCGGCAGCGGAGGCGCCACCCGUACAGACUAUCGCCAUGGACAGGUACUCGGUAGCAUUCUCUGACGUCGGGAACCUGACGCACCUAGACCUGAGCUUCAGUCGUGCGACGGGUAUUGCCAGUAGCCAGUACUCUGUCCUACCACGAUGCGUCCGCGUGUACAUUUGCUAUGCACACAAUCUCCCAGCUUGCGAUCCGAAUGAGCAGCACCAGCGACGUGUCAACAAGCUCGUCGAUGCGCUUGAGCAGGCCGGAGUCUCUGCCGAUCUACCCUGCUUCGACACGAACCAGGUCAUGGCCGAUGUCCAAGGCUGGUUUCUGGAGCACACACAGUCAGCUGUUGAUGCUGUUCUCGUGGUGGGCUCUGCCAAACUGGUCAAGAUGUGGCGACAGGUGGGCAGCCAACAUCCCACAGCAAUAGAUGAUGCGUCACCACAACUGGCGUUUUACGAGAGAAACUUUGUAAAGAAGUUGACUUCAGACCCGGAAGGUCACGGCAUCCCGGUGAUUCCAGUUCUCUUGGAGAGGAGCUCAUCGAAUGACAUUGUAGUUGACUUCAUGGAAAGGAAAGUGUCGACGUCAGUGAGACCCUUGCGUUGCUAUGAGGCAUGCGGUCGCACAGAGUUGCAAAAGUAUAUGAAAGACCUGACACAGAAAAUAGUUGCUGGAGGAUCUGCCAAUGAGUGCAAUGUGACGCUGGAAUUGUCGGACUCGGACCAUUCCGAUUCAGAAUGCUUGCAGGCCUCUUGUGAAGAUGCUCAGCUGGAGGCAGUCGAAGAGGUGGUCGAUCAACUGUCUCAGAACCGGUCAAGGUCAUCAAGCAGAGUGUUGAGUAGACGCAGUUUGGUGCUGGAUGCAGAGCAGCCAAGCCAGCUAGCGGCACCGGAUGCCUCAUCAACAACACAGAGCACAUCACGCACUUCCAGCAUCCAUGAAGAUGAUGUGCUGUCUCAAGAUACCCAUCACAUCAGCAGCGCUGUACUUGAUGAUAAUGGAUCAGGGCCACACAAUGGCAUAGAGAUGAUGGCAACUGCAGUGACAGCUGCAAGAAUCACCGGCGAUGACACAGCAGCAACAACAGUAGCAGAAGCAACAUCAGCAACAACAGCAGCAGCAACAGCAGCAGCUCACUAUGAAGACACUCUCAGCAAUGGUGAGCAUUACACCAUUCACCAGUAUCCGAGUCAAGCCGACAGCCCGUCAUUCACCUCCGCACAGCAGCAUGGGUAUGCGGCGAAUUCCUAUCCGAACGAGUGUGCCGUCCACAUAACUGCAGAACAUGCGUCCACUGAGCAGAGCACAGACAGUGGUGAUGCGUGUACUACGGAUAGAGAUCACUGUACAACACACGCACCCAAUGCAUGGCCAAAUGCCACAAAAUAUGAUGAUGGAUGCGGCGAUUGUGAUGAUACCGAUGACGAGGGCAGAGAGCUGCAACGGAAAGUGCGCGCCGCCCUUGCGGACUAUGAGCAUGAUAGCGGUGCAGCUGGUGAUUCAGCGGAGGGUCAUCACAAUGCUCUUGAAAUUCACAUUCCCAUGGAAGAUGAUCUCUGUGACUGUGUAUCUGGAUACAUGCCUACAACGAUCGACCAGCCCGUGCUGCCUGCCGAGCUGCAAGCAAGUGCUGCGGUGCCUCCCUGUUCAGAUGAACGACAACGCCAUGGUCAUCAAACGGACAUAUUGUGCAGGCAUGCUCCUGACGUAAGAGGUGAGGCAGCGCUGAAUCCCAGCAUGGAUGUCCACGAGCAAGCACAACCAAGCGCCGUGCAGAAAUCACCACAGCUCCGUUAUGGACAUGCGUACGCUCCCCGCCAUGGUUCGGAGGCGGCAUCAUCAGCGGCCACAGUACCAAGUCACUCACCAACUGAGCAUGCCCAAGAUGGCCGAGCUAGCCAGCCAGUGCAAGUCAUGAAGCCGGCAUACCUUGGCUGGCUCAGCUCCAGUACUGGCAUAUCAGAUAGCUGAGCAACGGGAUGGCACACCCCACCUCCACACUCCAUUAUUCACCCCAGUGCCUGGAGAUAUGUGGAUUUUGUAGAAAAAAAAGAAAAGAAAAAAAGAGAUACAGCACUAGCCGUACUUGGAGUACUAGCCUGUAGUUCUCCAAAGCCGCUACUGAAGUACUUUUGACCCAGGCUUGAAUGUACCCGCAUGUAGAUCUACAGCGUACUCAACCGGCUGCCCGGUGUAUGACAAUUACCACUUGGUAAACAGAUUGAACCAAUACUUAUUAGUACUGAGAACAUGAGAGAAUGUAUACUACAUUAAAUAAGGGAUUUGCUCAAAUCUGCAAGUUGCUAUGCGGCUCCAUUUUGAAUUUACGAAAUCCGAAAUCUUGCUUGGAUUGAAAAAAAUAUUUAAAAAACAAAGAAUACUUAAAGUAUAUUCCAGGGAGCGCCGUCUCUGCAAUAUAAUCCACACGGUCAGCUUUCUAGAAAUCAUGCUCAGUUGCCUUUCUAUUUGCCCAUUUACCUAUUUUGUUAUCUGGAGUCACUUACUAGUAGCCAACAAGCUUCUACUAUCAUGCUAAGGCACGCCUAUCCCUUACCCACCUCAUCACAUCCCUACCGCACAGGUACAUGUGGCGUGCCUAGUAUUUGAUAUUCCGAUGCUGAGCAGCUCACUCUGAUUGUUCUGGCUGAUUGGUUUGUCUGGUUGAAAACUGUCCAUCAAGGAGGAAAGAA